AUGGAUAUUAAUGAUUCAAUUGAGCUACAAUCAAAUUCUAAACGAGCUCGUAUUGAGCAACAAGGAUUAGCAUUUCGUGGCCAUGAUGAAUCUAAAACCUCAAGUAAUCAGGGAAAUUUUCGUGAAUUGUUGCAGUUUCUAGCGAAACAUAAUGAAGAAAUUGACAAGGUAAUAUUGGAAAAUGCUCCUGAAAAUUAUCAAAUGACUGCACCGGACAUUCAAAAAGAAAUAGCAAAUGCUGCAGCAAGUGAAACUCUAGAUGCUAUUCUUAAAGAUCUUGAAAACUCGUCAUUUGCUAUCCUAGUUGAUGAAGCUCAUGAUAUAUCUGUUAAAGAACAAUUGACAAUUAUUUUGCGAUAUGUAGAUAAGAAGGGCCAUGUGAUUGAACGUUUUUUAGGCAUUACACAUGUUAGCAAUACCACGACUGCAGCAUUGAAGAUGACAAUUGAAGCAUCAUGCAAGCGUCGUGACACAUUUCGUGAAAAAAGAAUUGCUGAAGUUGUUGAAGCACUACAAAAUAAUGAAAUUUCUAUUGGUCGUGGCUUGAAUCAAGAAAUGAAUCUAAAGAGACCUGGAGAUACACGUUGGAGUUCUCAUUAUGGUGCAAUUAUUAAUCUUAUUAUCAUGUUUUCUUCUAUCAUCGAGGCGGUUGAAGAUAUUGUGGAAGAUGGUUUCUAUUCUGAACAGAUAGCAGAAGCAAAUAUAUUGAUUCACGCUACAGAUUUUUGA